AUGGAGACGAGUUCAAAUAAGAAAGUCCAGUAAGUUGUUUUCAAUUCAUAUUCGUAAUGAGUAUUAAAACUAAACCAGGAAUUUAAUCAAAAUGAUUUACCCGAGUUUUUUUAAGGAAAAAAAUCGCUGAAGCUAAACAUUAUUGUAGUUUUUCAGAUUCAAAGUCAGUGAGCUUGCUGUUAGAGAAAGAAACAUAUUGCUGAGCGAGAAAUUUAAAACAAAGAUGAAAGAAGAAGAGAAGGCAAGUGGAAUUGAAUGUCAUUUGAAAGGGGUUGGAAAAGGCUCUGGAAGAAAUAGCCGCAGCUGCAGCUGA